UAGUUCUCUUUCCAAGGCACUCGGAGGGCAGUUGAGGUCAACGCCUUUCUCCCCAGAUGCGGAAGUUUCUGCAGCUUUUCGGGCGACUGAAAUCCGUCGUCCUUGGGAUGGUCCACGUGAGAGCAUUGCCAGGAACACCAUGCAGUAUGUUGCCUUUGGCUCAGGUCACUGAAGAAGCCUGUGGAGAAGCUGAAAUGUAUAGGGCUGCUGGUGUUGACGGCUUGAUUGUCGAAAAUAUGCAUGACCGGCCCUACACAGUAGAUGUCGGUGCCGAAGUUACAGCAGCCAUGGCAGUAAUUUGUGCCUCGGUAAAACAGGUGUGCCCCACUCUCCCCAUGGGGGUUCAAAUACUCUGCACGGCCAAUCAGCAAGCUGUAGCAGUUGCUCUUGCUUCAGGUGCGGAUUUUGUUCGAGUUGAAGGCUUCGUUUUCUCUCACGUGGCUGAUGAAGGGAUUCUGAAUGCUUGUGCUGGGAACUUGCUAAGAUACCGGAAGCAAAUUGGAGCUGAACACAUCCAAGUUUUUGCUGAUAUUAAAAAGAAGCACAGCGCUCAUGCACUGACAGCUGAUGUCACAGUAGCAGAAACUGCUAAGGCUGCUGAAUUCUUUCUUGCUGAUGGGGUUGUGUUGACUGGAACUGCAACUGGAUCAGAGGCAGAUCCCAAAGAACUAGAAGAAGUCAGAUCUGCUGUGAAGAUUCCAGUGCUGGUUGGGUCUGGUGUCACUCUGGAUAAUGUGAAGGACUACUUAGGUGCAAAUGCCUUGAUCAUUGGUUCAUAUUUCAAGAAAGAAGGCUAUUGGGCAAAUAGCAUUGAUCUUGAUCGUGUGAAGAGGUUUAUGGAUUAUAUUGGCAAAGUAAGGGUGUAAAUUUGUUCACUUCUGCUGGACUUUACAUUGAAAUGUCUCAUAUAACACAACUGCACUAGAUGUCUUGUCUAGCUAUUUUCAAAGUGUUUCAUACUUAUGACAGAGUUUUUUUCUGAAUUCAAAAUUAAAGGCACACUCUACAUUCAAAUACAUUUUCUCUUAUUCUCCCUGUGCAGGACUAGAUGAAACACUGAGGAAGAACAUACAGGGAGAAUGGUCCUUAAAAUAUCAUAAAAGUACAUCAUGUAGAAAGCUUAUAAAGUGGCAGUGUUCAUGUUACAGUAAAUCCUCAGACUUACAGAGCAACUUGAGGGAAAAGACGUUUAGAUAAUUUUUAUAUAAAGUUAUGUAUGUACAUUUUAAAUAAUUCAUUAAAGAUUUACAUGAUGUACAUAAAAUGUA